AAUUUUAAAAACAUAUCUUUUCCUCUAAUCUCCAUCCUUUGAGUAAGAAACGAGGAAAGCUAAGUGAGAGACACACAAAAGAAGAAGAAAGACGUUAGGGUUCUUGAUGUAUUUAUCCUGAGAUUCCAUCAAAGAAAGAGAAGAUGUUUUGGACUGUAGCUAGCUCCCACAAUCUUUAUUAAGUUUGCUCACCGCUCAGCUUAUCAGUUCAAGGUUCUGCAGUCUCUGAAGCAAAUUGGCGUCUCAGUGUUUUCAUUAUAGUCAAGUAUGCAAGAUUCUUCUUGCAAAUAGAAUAAUUUGAAGGACUCUUGUUGUUGUUGUUGUUGUGAUGGAUAGAAACAGACAACAGCAUCCUUUCCAGCAACACCAUAUGGAACCUGGCUAUGUGAAUGACUCUGCCCCUCAACCUCUAGCAUUUACUCCUGAUCAAACAGGCGGCAUGACUGCAAAUGCUCGGCCUCCCAAUACUUCAGAAGUUAAGCCAGGCCUUCAUUACUCAAUACAAACAGGAGAGGAGUUCUCUCUCGAGUUUCUGCGUGAUCGAGUGAUUUCUCAGAGGUCUACAAACCCCAAUGCAGCUAAUGACAUGGUGGGAAACGGGAUGAGAGAAUAUGACAGAACAAACUACCCGCUUCACGAGUUUGGUAAUCAACUUGGGCAUAUCCAGUCAGCACCAGAAGCUUCACUAUGUCAAGAUACAAGUUUAGGCAACUUUCAUGGAUAUGCAUCUUCUUCUUCAGCCUCAGGUAGUGUAACAGCCAAAGUUAAAGUCCUUUGCAGCUUCGGUGGGAAGAUACUCCCACGUCCAGGCGAUUCAAAGCUCAGAUACGUUGGAGGCGAAACGCACAUUAUCUCCAUAAGAAGAGACAUAUCUUGGCAGGAGCUCAGGCAAAAAGUUCUUGAAAUCUACUACCGGACUCAUGUUGUCAAGUACCAGCUUCCUGGUGAAGAUCUUGACGCCUUGGUGUCUGUAACGUGUGAUGAAGAUCUCCAGAACAUGAUGGAGGAGUAUAACGAGAUGGAGAACCGUGGGGGCUCGCAGAAGCUUAGAAUGUUUCUCUUCUCCGUUGCUGAUUUGGAUGGUUCUCUUUUGGGGGUUAAGCAGGAUGAUGUUGACACUGAGUUUCAGUAUGUUGUGGCUGUUAAUGAUAUGGACAUUGGUUCAAGAAGCAACUCUACUCUUAAUGGAUCUGCAAACAAUUUAGCUGAGAUGGAUGUUAGGAACACCAACGGUGUUGCCCCUCCGCAGUUACCGUCCUCUAUACAGUAUUCUGACUCUGCGCCACAAAGCUCAUUGCUUCAGUAUCCUCCUCAAUCCAUCCCACACAGUGCUGCGUUUCAGUUUCAGCAAGCUGUUCCUCCUAGUUCUACACUUCAGUAUGCUCAGUCCAUUCCGCCGAGUCCCUCUCUUCAGUAUCCUCAGUCUAUUCCUCUUCAGUAUCCACCAUCAGUUUCCCCUAGCUCAUAUGGAAUGUACCCACAAUACUAUGAAGAAAGGCAGCAGUUUCCUAUGCAUCAUGAACACAGUUCUUCUAAUUACUCCAUCUCCAUGCCUUUCCAAGGGCAGCAGCCAUACCCUUACCCUAGUGUCAUACAGCAAAACGCAGCAGUGCAGGGAAGAGAGCUAAACAUAAAACCUGAGAUGAGAGUUCGUGAGAAUGUAGAGCCUGAGUUUCGUCAGAGUCCUCCUCAAGCUGAUAAUGUCGAAGUUCAGGAGCCAUCAGUUUCUCCAACUGUGCCUAGCCAGGAUGCUACACAUAUGUUGCCCCCAAGAAGAGACCCACGACAGAACACUCCUGUGAAGCCUGCUGCCACAUACCGUGAUGCGGUUGUUCGUGAGCAGGCUCCUGUAUCAGGUGGUGAGGAUGAUCAGCUUUCGUCGUCAAGUGGUACCUGUGGUCUUGCUCAGACUGACUCUGAGUCAAAUUUAAUCGAUCUUGAUUACUCGGAGCCUUCACCACCCACACGGAGAGUAUACCGUUCUGAGAGGAUACCUCGUGAACAGUUGGAAAUGCUAAACCGCCUGUCAAAGUCUGAUGACUCUAUAGGCUCUCAGUUCUUAAUGUCUCAUUCACAAGCUCAGCAAGGAGAGGGUAAAUCACAUGAAGUUGGGGCAUCGAAUGAGCAUAAGAUUUUAAGCCCUGACGCUGCCAACAAGAAUCAAAUGGUCAAUGGUGGAGGUAUUGAGGCUGAAGCUCCUAACCUUAACCAUAAAGACACAGCCACCACCACCAGUCAAGUUAGCCCUGAAGGUCAAGCUUCCUCAGGUGUUGUUAUUGACAUCAAUGAUAGGUUUCCUCAGGACUUCCUUUCUGAGAUAUUUGCAAAGGCGCUCUCUGAAGACGUGCCACCAGGCGGCGUCAAUGCAUAUCAGCAUGAUGGUGCCGGUGUUAGUUUGAAUGUAGAGAAUCAUGAUCCUAAGAAUUGGUCUUAUUUCCGGAAACUGGCAGAUGAACAGUUCAGUGAAAGAGAUGAUCUCCCACCUGGCUUUCCAUCUGACAUGGAAGAUAGCGGAGGGAUUGCCAAGUUGCAUCACGUCGCUCCAUUGACCAGAGAUGAUCCUCAGGAGAAUUUAGGUCAAGCUUAUGUUGCUGGCGCUAACGAGGAUGCACAGAUGAAGGUCACAGAGAGUGAGGAGUUUGGUGCUAUGGUUGAGAAUCUAAGGACGCCAGAUAGUGGACAUGAGGAUGAAAAGAAAGAAACAAGGAAUGCUGUUCCUCCACUUGGUUCGUCUUUGGCAGAUUACGAUAAAAAUGACUUACAGAUCAUUAUGAAUGAUGAUCUAGAGGAGCUAAAGGAACUUGGUUCUGGGACGUUCGGUACAGUGUAUCAUGGGAAAUGGAGAGGGUCAGAUGUUGCCAUCAAGAGGAUAAAGAAGAGUUGCUUUGCUGGUCGAUCAUCUGAACAAGAGAGAUUAACUGGUGAGUUCUGGGGAGAAGCUGGGAUACUUUCAAAGCUUCAUCAUCCAAAUGUGGUUGCAUUUUACGGUGUUGUAAAAGAUGGACCUGGUGGAACAUUGGCUACUGUAACAGAGUACAUGGUUGAUGGUUCUCUAAGACAUGUUCUACUCAGGAAAGAUAGACACCUGGAUCGUCGUAAGAGACUAAUCAUUGCCAUGGACGCUGCAUUUGGAAUGGAGUAUUUGCACGCCAAGAACAUUGUUCACUUCGAUUUGAAGUGUGACAACUUACUUGUGAACCUCAAAGAUCCUUCUCGCCCAAUCUGCAAGGUUGGUGAUUUUGGCUUGUCGAAAAUAAAAAGAAAUACAUUGGUAUCUGGUGGUGUACGUGGAACCCUUCCAUGGAUGGCACCAGAGCUUCUAAACGGCAGCAGCAGUAAAGUCUCAGAGAAGGUCGAUGUCUUCUCUUUUGGUAUAGUCUUGUGGGAGAUUCUAACUGGAGAGGAACCAUAUGCUAAUAUGCACUAUGGUGCUAUAAUAGGUGGGAUAGUGAACAACACACUGAGGCCGACCAUACCAGGUUACUGUGACUCAGACUGGAGAAUACUUAUGGAGGAAUGCUGGGCGCCUAUUCCAACGGCAAGGCCAUCGUUCACGGAGAUAGCUGGUCGUUUACGUGUGAUGUCAACUGCUGCAACUUCGAACCAAUCCAAACCACCAGCUCACAAUAAGACUUCAAAGUAAAACAGUCUUGCUUCGUUAUAGGUUUUCUUCACUCUUUACUCAUGUUUGGGUCAGGAGGGAGAUAUUUGUUGACCCUUUUCUCCUUUCCCUUUUCUUUUACCAAAACCAAAAAAACAAGUUAAAGUAAUAAAAUUGGUUUGAGGCGUUGUAUUAACAGUUUAAGUAUCAGAUACUUAUGUGGAAAAGAGCUUGUGCCUAAUACAUAAGAAAUGCACUUCAU